UUACGAGUUUAUGAUAUCGUAUCGAUUUUCUUGCGAUGAAUUCCCGGCCCGGCUUUCCGUCGACGCGAGUCACCGCGGCGAGUGUCGCGACCGAAUGGCCAUCCUAUCUGAUACGUACUAAUGGUAACUCACCGUUUGAUAAACCUUUGGUCCGCCCGUACGAGUGCUUACGUAUACUGCAAAUCGCUUUGCAGUGUUAUCCCGAUCCGCGAUACCGUUAUCAAAUGGAAACCCUUUAUCUAUCCUCCGGAUUGGUAUUGGGUUGGCGGGCGUUAGGGGCUUACCUGGUUAAGUAUUUGAGUUAGUCCGGCAUAAUUUGCGCCGAAGAAUUUUCGUCAAUUUUGAGCAAAUUCUUGGACGACGUUUCUUCAGCGGUGCACCGUGACGUGUCUGUUUUAAAAUGGCCGAAUCAAGUACUGACCAGAGGAACACCGACAUUCGACUCAACAUCAUCGUAGCUGCUGAUGCCAAGCGAGGAAUCGGACAGAAUGGCACGCUCCCAUGGAGCUUACCAAAAGAGACCAACUAUUAUCAUGGAAUGAUUAACAGCGUUUCGCCCGGAAAGCAGAACGCCAUCAUCAUCGGCCGGAUUACGUACGCCUCGAUCCACGAUCCACGCGACUACGAGAAGCUGCUAAAGAUUGUGGUGACAAGAGGCGCGGCACCGGAAGGAGCGCCGCAGCCUAAUGUUCGUUAUGCUGUGUCUUUCGAGGAUGCUCUCGAGGUACUGCGGAAAGAGAUGAAACUGCGCGACAUUGAGACAGUGUGGAGUUUGGGUGGUUCCAAGAUUUAUCAGGAGACACUGGAUUCUCCAUACCUGCAUCGCAUUUAUCUUACCAAUGUUCUGGCCGAAUUUCCAUGUGAUACAUUUUUCCCGGAAUUUGACAAGUCCAAAUUCAAUCGAGUCACGGACGAAAGAGUGGACCCGAACGUUCAAACUGACAAAGGAGUGCAGUUUCAGGUGGAAAUUUUUGAAAAGAUUCGCAGCUAAUGCAGCGCUUUGUCAAUUUAUUGUCAGUUUGACGUCACUGCUAUAUCUUAACGUUUCAAACUCAUUACAGUCGGUUUUUAUGUUAUUUCCUCCAGAUACUACUUCGAUUAAUUUUUGACUUUUGCUCAAUUUAAGCAUUUGUUGCCAAUACCGGUUCGACCAGGGUGUCGACGAUUUUAAAAUUAUUGGCAUUG